AACUGAUUUUAAAGAUUCAAUUCACUUUAAAAAAAAACCUGGAAUGCUAUGGUGCGCAAACGCAAUAUUUCAGAACGACAAAUUUCGGGUGCCUGCCUCCUCUGGCUCGCCACAACCAAUCAGAGGUAAUCUCUUCGAAUAUUCAUGACAUUUCGCGGGCUUUCUGUACCGCGUGACGAGGCUUGGCGGGAAAGUGAAGGUCUGGCGGAUAGAAGCUCGGGAGGACGCGAGGAGAACAAGCAUAAUGGCUGAUUCAUCCGAGUCGCAGCACAUGGCUGCGGACAGCCCUGAGCCCCUUUCCAGGCGGGGAGACCUGACCUCCAGCCCUGGCAGAGACUUGCCCCCCUUUGAGGAUGAGUCCGAGGGCCUGCUCGGGGACGUCGCCCUGCCCACAGACGAGGAAGAGGAGGCCGGCGAUGGCGAGGAGCUGAUCGGAGACGGCAUGGAGCGGGACUACCGGGCCAUCCCGGCGCUGGAUCGCUACGAGGCAGAGGGUCUGGACCUGGAUGAGGAGGACCUGGUCGAACUGUCCCCGGGAGCCCGGGCGGCUGCUGAGGAGGCCAUGAGGAGGCGCGAUCGCGAGCGUGGCCUCAGCGGGCGCCUCAGGAGAGGCCUGCUUUAUGACAGCGAAGACGAGGAGGACGAGCGUCCGGUAGCGCGGCGGCGGAGGCUGGCCGAGCGGGCGGCCGAGGGCGCGCCCGACGGCGAGGAGGAGGAAAUGAUCGAAAGCAUCGAAAACCUGGAGGACAUGAAGGGUCACACGGUGAGAGAGUGGGUGUCCAUGGCCGCCCCCCGCCUGGAGAUCUACAACCGUUUCAAGAGCUUUCUGCGCACGCACGUGGACGAGAGCGGCCGCAACGUCUUCAAGGAGAAGAUCAGCGACAUGUGCAAAGAGAACAAAGAGAGUUUGGCGGUGAAUUACGAGGACCUGGCGGCCAGGGAGCACGUACUGGCUUACUUCCUGCCUGAAGCCCCCACCGAGAUGUUGAAGGUGUUUGACGAGGCAGCCAAAGAGGUGGUGCUGGCCAUGUACCCCAAAUACGAGCGCAUCGCCCAGCAGAUCCACGUGCGCAUCUGCAACCUGCCGCUGGUGGAGGAGAUUCGCUCCCUCAGGCAGCUCCACCUGAACCAGCUGAUCCGGACCAGUGGGGUGGUGAGCAGCUGCACCGGCGUGCUGCCGCAGCUGGCCCUGGUUCGCUACAACUGCAACAAGUGCAACUUUGUACUGGGACCCUUUUUCCAAUCCCAGAACCAGGAGGUCAAACCGGGCUCGUGUCCCGAGUGCCAGUCGCAAGGACCCUUUGAGAUUAACAUGGAGGAGACUGUGUACCAGAACUAUCAGAGGAUCACCAUCCAGGAAAGUCCUGGCAAGGUGGCCGCCGGCCGUCUGCCGCGCUCCAAAGACGCCAUCCUGUUGGCCGACCUGGUGGACAGCUGCAAGCCGGGAGAUGAGAUUGAGCUGACGGGCGUCUACCACAACAACUACGAUGGCUCUCUGAACAUGGCCAAUGGCUUCCCGGUCUUCGCCACCAUCAUCCUGGCCAACCACGUAGCGCGCCGGGACGAGGGCGUGGCCGUGGCAGAGCUGACGGACGAGGACGUCAAGGCCAUCGUGGCUCUGUCCAAGGACGAGUGCGUUGGAGAAAGGAUCUUCGCCAGCAUCGCGCCGUCUAUCUACGGCCACGAGGGCAUCAAAAGAGCGCUUGCUGUGGCCGCGUUCGGAGGCGAGCCCAAGAAUCCUGGCGGCAAGCACAAGGUGCGAGGCGACAUCAACGUGCUUCUGUGCGGAGACCCCGGGACAGCCAAGUCGCAGUUCCUCAAGUAUGUGGAGAAGGUGGCCAGCAGGGCCGUGUUCACCACAGGCCAGGGUGCGUCUGCCGUGGGCCUGACCGCCUACGUGCAAAGGCACCCCGUCAGCCGCGAGUGGACGCUGGAGGCCGGGGCGCUCGUGCUGGCCGACCGCGGUGUCUGCCUCAUAGACGAGUUUGACAAGAUGAACGAUGCAGACCGCACCAGCAUCCACGAGGCCAUGGAGCAGCAAAGCAUCUCUAUCUCCAAGGCGGGCAUCGUCACCUCGCUGCAGGCCCGAUGCACCGUCAUCGCUGCUUCCAACCCCAUCGGCGGCAGGUAUGACCCCUCACUGACCUUUGCCGAGAACGUGGACCUGAGCGAGCCCAUUGUGUCACGUUUUGAUGUGCUGUGCGUGGUCCGGGACACAGUGGACCCUGUGCAGGACGAGAUGCUGGCUCGCUUUGUGGUGGGUUCCCACGUCAAGCACCACCCCGGCAACAAGGAAGCAGCCUCGGAAGGGGUGAUCCUGCCCAACUCGUCCAACGUGGCGCCAAUCCCUCAGGAGCUGCUCAGGAAGUACAUCAUCUACGCCAAGGACAGGGUUCAUCCCAAACUCAACCAGAUGGACCAGGACAAGGUGGCGCGCAUCUACAGUGACCUGCGCAAGGAGUCUAUGGCAACGGGCAGCAUCCCAAUCACGGUGCGCCACAUCGAGUCGAUGAUCCGCAUGGCGGAGGCGCACGCAAAGAUGCAUCUGCGCGACUACGUGAUAGAGGACGACGUCAACAUGGCUGUCCGCAUCAUGCUCGAGAGCUUCAUCGACACGCAGAAGUUUAGCGUCAUGCGCAGCAUGCGCAAGACCUUCUCCCGCUACCUGGCAUAUCGCAAGGACAACAACGAGCUGCUGAUCUUCAUCCUCAAGCAGCUGGCGGCGGAGCGCGUUUCCUACCAGAGGAGUCGCUACGGAGCCCACGAUGAUGCUGUGGAGAUACCCGAGAAGGACCUGCAUGACAAGGCUCGUCAGAUCAACAUCCACAGCCUGUCAUCAUUCUAUGAAAGCGAGCCCUUCCGCGCCAACAGGUUUGUGUACGAUGGCAAGAUGAAGCUCAUUGUGCAGCAGUUCUGAGGCAGGCCAGGGGGGGAAAACAAGCAACCUGUAAAUAAGUGUACAUGUUCGUCCAUUCACCUUGUUCGCAAUUAAAGGUGACUUUGUUGCACGCACACAGACGUUGGGAGUGUCUUUCUGAUGUUUUUAAAUUUAAACUGUUUCUGUAAUUAGCCCUUGACAUAAGACUUGACGCAAUGCUGUUUUUGCCACAACCAAAACCUUAAAUUUAAUUAAAAAAAAACUGGUUCACUCGAGAUUUUGCCGGGAUUGGGAUCUAUUUUCACUUGACAUUAGUCCCCCCCAAGUCUUUUUCCAUUCACAUUGCGUCAUUGCCAGUUCAACCCAUUAGGUUGGCCAGUGUUU